UAAAAAAAUAAAAUUGCCCAAAAAUUCGAAUGCAAAUUUCCGUCACUGAAUUGUUUUGACAUCUUGCCAUAUCGCUAAACGUCGCCCGAAAAUUGUAAAAGUUCCGAAAUUUCUUGCAUUUUAAUCGAUUUUAGGAUGAAAUUAUCGCGUGAAAUCACGUAAAAAGUGUCGCUCAAUCGUCGGAGCAGCCGCGCAGUGCGUUAAUUCGUCAAACUUUCUGGAAUUUUCGAGUUUUUUAGUCAACAUUUUGGUCUUCAUCCCCUUUCUCUUUGUUUUACAUUGUCAUUCUGUGUGGUGUUCCGUAGCAGCUCAACGCAAGUGAAAUUUUCUUGCAAGUCUCUUGUGCUCACUUUUUGCUGGUCAUCCACGAAAUCGCGUCUAAAAAUAGGGCUACGUGGAAAAUGAAUGGACCUGACAGCACUUCGUCGUGCAGCAACAGCGGAUCGGGCAGCGGUUACAUAAGAAAGCAACCUGAUGACACGAAUUCCGCUGGAAAAACGCAAAAAACUUGGUCCGAGCUGAAAAAUGUCGUGAACGAUAUUCGAAAGCAGAUGCAAAAUUUGUCGUGUUUAUUUCCGAUGAACAUCAAAUUUCGGACUUUGGCGGAUGAUCGAGUGCGGAUUUAUUUUCUCUCAAUACCCCCCAAUGGAUGGGGCGACACCACACUCUUGUAUGUCGAUGUCGGGCCCGAUACCCCAAGUCACGAAAUGUAUCCCCAAAGGUUGCAAUUGAACGUUUUGCUCGAGCCAACAAGUAGUUUAGCAACAGGCAACAGUUUUUCGCGUGAAAUGCAGUUGCUACUCGAACGGAAACGUCUUUCGAUUUGGGGUAUCACGUCAUACGAAAUGCACAAUGCCAGCGGAAAAAUCGUCUUUCCCGCAUGCAGCACGUUGUACCAUUGUCUCGAUACGGGUUUCAAUACGACGCCUCUCUUUCCGUGGGAGCUGCGGAUUUGCCAGACAUGGGCAGCGAUCGAUCCGCAAAUUUGUCCCAAAAAUUCCGAUCUCAUCGCGUACAUUUGCGGCGGUGAUAUUUGGGUAACGCAUACGCAAAGUGGGCACGAACAUCGACUCACGUACGCGCAUGACGGGCGAAAAGCCUUGCCGGAUGAUCCUUUGAGCGCUGGAGUGCCGUCGUACGUGAUGCAAGAGGAGUUUAGUCGUUACGAGGGAUUUUGGUGGCAGCCAGAUAGCGAAGACGACAUUUUUCGCAUCGUUUAUGAGGAAGUUGAUGAAAGUGACGUUGGGCUUUAUACUUUUCCGUCGUCACAAUCCGUUGGCGGGGAAUACGAAGAGUAUAGAUUUCCGCGAGCUGGCAGUCCAAAUGCGAAAUCCAAGCUGAAACUCGUGCAAUUUCGUCUUUCGGAAGCGUUGCAGAUUACCGAUGUGUGCAUAAAGGACUUGCAAUGUCCCCUGAAUUACUCGUUUCCGUGGCUGGAAUAUAUUGUGCGUGUUGGAUGGACCCCGAAUUCGAAAUUUUUGUGGGCACAACUUUUGGACCGAUUACAACAACAUUUAGUCGUAGUAUUGAUACCCGUAGACAAUUUUUGUGAGCCAUAUGAAAGUGCAUCGUCAACGCCGAGUCACGAUGAUGGAAGUAGUAGUAGUUGGAGGUCUCCAAGCGAUAAGUCAUCUAGUCCAUUACAAGUCAUUUACCAAGAAACAUCCUCGACAUGGAUCAACGUGCACGAUCUCCUGCGAUUUAUCGAAAUUACUGACAAUACAUGUACCUUUUUGUGGGCAUCUGAGGAAACGGGAUUCCGCCAUUUGUACUUAAUCACCUCUAGUCUAGCGUGCGAAGCGUCGUCAUCGUCGUCUCCGCCAAACGGCCUCAAAAUGGAUCAAAAUAUCUUUAGUACUGCUAGUUGUAAGGAAGAGAUUAAUUUAUCGCCACGAAUUAUUAGCAAAGUUACGUUAACGAAGGGCGAAUGGGAAGUUCUUGCCAAAAAUAUUUGGGUCGACACGAAACGGUGUCUCGUUUACUUCCUCGGGCUCAAAGAAACGCCGCUCGAAAAACACUUGUAUGCCGUCAGCUAUCGCAAAGCCGAUUACACGCGCAUUCUUACAACACGAGGUUUCUCUUAUACUGUAGAACUUAACGACGACUGCAGUAUGAUGCUUCAAGCAUCAUGUAAUUUAAGUAAUUUACCGAAGUGGGAAGUGAUAAAAAUAGCUCACGACGACGAAAUUGAAGGCGUUGAUAGCAUCAAUUUGGUUUCCAUGGGAAUCUUGCUCGAGAAUUCGACACCGAAGAAAAUCUACUCACCGAUUAUUUACACACCCAAAAUCUCGAGCGGUGAUAUUUUGUAUGCAAUGGUAUUCAAACCGCAUAAUUUUAAGUUAGGCGUUAAAUAUCCGACGAUAUUGAAUGUUUAUGGAGGGCCCGAAGUGCAAACUGUCAGCAAUACCUUCAAAGGUAUGCGUCAAUUACGAAUGCACAUGCUUGCCUCACAGGGCUAUUGUGUCAUUUGCAUCGAUUCGCGUGGCUCGCAGCAUCGCGGCGUGAAGUUUGAGUCACACAUAAGACAUCGAAUGGGCACCGUCGAGCUUGCGGAUCAAGUUGAAGUGCUCAAAAAAUUGUCAGACACCCUUGGAUACAUCGAUAUGGAUCGUGUAGCGAUUCAUGGAUGGUCUUACGGCGGUUACUUAAGUCUCAUGGGGCUCAUCCAAUACCCCGACAUCUUUAAAGUAUCAAUUGCCGGUGCGCCCGUAACGAAUUGGGAAUAUUACGACACCGGAUAUACCGAACGGUACAUGGAUUUGCCCGAAAAUAAUCGCGUUGGAUAUCUGGCUGGGUCCGUUUUGAGUUACAUUAACGAGUUUCCGGAUGAUGACAAUCGAUUGUUGAUCAUUCACGGCUUGAUCGAUGAAAAUGUUCACUUUUUCCACACGUCACAACUCGUAAAUGCACUUAUUAAAGCCAACAAACCGUAUAAACUGCAAAUUUACCCGAACGAGCGACACUCGAUCCGAAAUUUGGAGGCGAGCAAACACUAUGAAACCACAUUAUUAUCGUUUUUACAAAGCAAUUUGUAAAUAAAUUCAACUUUUCUUUAGUUUUAUGUUACAUUUUUUUACGAAUAACCUAAUGUUGCAUCUUUCUAUCACUCUCUAUCGCCAAUAAAACGUUUGAAAUGCGUUUAAAAUAAAUAUAUUUUUUUUUUAAUUUUAGAUUUGUUUUUUUGAUAGACUGCAAAUAUUUUUAAAAAAUAUUGUAAAUAAUUUUUUUUUCAUACGCGAUUUUUUCUUUGGUCUUUCUUAAAAAAAAAAAUAAAUAAAUAAAAAGGCUUGAAAUUUUUAGAAAAAAGUAUUUCUUGUACUC